AUGGUUAGAGCAAGAGUUCCGCGUGUGCAUCAAAGAGGAUCGUUAUAUCCGAUGGCGGUCGAAAGAAAACCUUCAAAAAAUGAAUCAAACGAAGUAGCAACAUACGAUUCACAGAAAGACAAUUCAGAUACAAAAACAUUAGAAAUAAAUUUACAGCCUAUAACGACAUCUAACGAGAUUAUAAAAGAAUUUCAUGAAGAGUCACCCAUAACGUCUCCGGAAGAGUCAGUGGAAGAAUUUCCUUUAACACCUCAAAGUGAGUCUAUGGAAGAAGUUCACAAAGAAAGAAGUUAUAAACGGAGGGAACAAGCGAACAUAGAAACGCCGUUAUUAAAUGAACUAACUAAAGAAGAAACUCGUAAGCGAAGAAGGACAUCCAUCGCAGUAACAUUGCCUUAUGAACAAUUAAUCACAUUUGAUGGUAUCUAUGGGUCACAACGAAUAGAAGAAGUUGAAGAAAUGAAGGAACCGAUUGUUGAUCCAAUUGUUGAACAACGGAUUCCGUAUCCGGUUCCAUUUCCUUCUUCUUAUGAGAUCGAGAUGUCGCAAUUAUCAACACCACCAACACCGACAUCAUUUACCGAGCCAAUUCAAUAUCUAGAGAGUUUUCAGACGAUUCCUAAUGAAGUUGAACCACCAAAGAGUCCACUUAAACAUGGUGAUGUUUUUUUAACGGAAUGGCCUGAUUCAAAUUAUAUGGAAUUUAUAGAAAGUUAUCAAUGA